AUGUUUUCUCGCGCUUUCCUGGUCCUCUGUGGUGCUAGCAUUAUUGCCGCCCAACAGCACAUUGCUGACUCCCCUUUCUUAAACCAAUGGCUUGUCGAUUCCGGUUAUGUAUCCAUUUCUACAGCUGGCAGUGAUGCCACUCACACUACCUAUGUUGUCAAAUGCGAUAACGGCGAUGCCAAUGUUUGCACGCUACCUAGUGCUGGUGCCACUGUUGUCACAGGCCCGUCAUAUGUUGGAUGUUCAUACACCGAUCCGUCAGAGCCAUUGUUCUCCUCUGUUGGGUGUAAGUAUAUCGACUCCGGAUCUUCAGCUGCCUGCACCGAGUACCAGUCGGGCCAAAGUGGGACCUAUGUAGCCACUUUUUCGAACACAGCUACUCUUCCUGCCUCUGCGAUCGCAUUGGGCUUUAAUACACCUGCUGCUACAAAUACGGCUGGUGGUACCAAACACACUUCCGAAGCCAGUGCUGGAAACGCGGCUACUGCUACGACUGAGUCCGCAACUCCUACCGAUUCGGGAGCAAGUGAGACCAAAACUGGUGGUGCGGCUGAGAUAGCUGGGCUCGGGACUGCACGUUUUGCUGCCGGUGCAGCAGUUCUGGGGGGAUUAGGACUGAUAAUCUAA